CGGUGAAUUCGAACGGAAAGCUCAAGAGAGUCAAGACCCGAAAGUCAAGAGGCCGUUCUUCUCCUGAGAAAUAGAAACGAAGCAGCAGAGAUCCCUCCAUGGAAGCUUCAGAAGAGAGCUUUUCCUAAAAUCUCUCUCUCUCUAUCUCUCAAUUUCCACGGUUUUCUUAUCUAGAAACCUAGAAUUUCAACUCCUCCCUUUCCCACCAAUUGGGUUGUUAUCCUCUUCUCUAUUUUCUUUCCUGUCCUUAAUCACUUCCCUUUCGGUUUCUUGCAUAUCUUGCUUUUUUGGGUGUCCGUUGAAUUCUGAUUCCGACGCAUUUCCUGCGAAAUCCGGUGAAUUUCGAAGUAUUUCCGGUCGAACUUUCAGUCUCCAAUGGAUUCAUCUGAACUUAAAUCUUUAGGUGACGUACACGAAGAUGAACAAGUGAUUGCUAUUGCACAGCAGAUUGUAAAAGCCUUGGGAACAAGUAAGAACCCGACCGAUGAUAUGAUAAGAUUCCUCUCGGAUUUCAAACUCCGCUUGUCCACCUCUAGUACAUCUGAAAUCUUGGGAAAGAAAAGAGGAAUAAGUGAGAUUGAAGAACGGAUCAACUCUGUGGAGGAGAAGGUCAUGAAUUGGUGUUCCGAUCGGUCGAUGAUAUGGGACCGUGGUCCAGAUGAAUCUCGUGAGUUUCUUCGGACUGUUGAUGAAAUUGGACAGCUAAUAGAAAGCUUAGGAUGCUCGUCUUUGAACGAAGUUCAAGAAAGGGAUGAUCUUCUACGACGCGCCCACAAUGUUCUUCAGAUGACGAUGUCAAGGCUUGAGGAAGAAUUCAGCCACAUUCUUCUUGAAAACAAGCAAGCUUUGGAGCCAGAGCACUUGUCUUUCCGUUCAAGUGAUGAUGACAUGUCAUUUUUCGAUUCAACUAGUUCUGUGGAUGAUGAGUCCAUUGAGGACAUGCAAGUGAGGCUUCAGAGAGAUAAUAGCAAAGGCUCGGAGGAAUUCAUCAUCGAUUUGAUCUGUCCGAAUGUGAUUCCGGACCUUAAAUGCAUAGCAGAGGUCAUGUUCGUAUCGAAUUAUGAUGCGGAAUGUUGCCAAGCUUACAUUAGCAUCCGAAAAGAUGCCUUAGAGGAAUGCUUGCUUGUGCUCGAAGUUGAAAAACUGAGUAUUGAGGAAGUGCUGCAGAUGGAGUGGAGUUUAUUGCAUUCCAAGAUAAAGGAAUGGAUCCGGGUUAUGAAGAUUUUCGUUCGUGUCUACCUUGCCAGUGAAAAAAGCCUCAGCGAACAAAUCUUUGGAGCAUUUGGAUCAGUUAGCCGGAGUUGUUUCAUUGAUUCUUCAAAGGGCUUGAUGUUGCAGCUGCUAAGUUUCGGUCAAGCGAUCGCGAUCAGACCCCACUCACCCGAAAAGAUUUUCCGCCUACUCAACAUGUAUGAUGGGUUGGCAGAUCUUCUCCCCGAUAUAGAUGCUUUGUUCUCAGAAGAGGCCGGUUCUUCCGUCAGAACCGAAUCCCAUGAAGUUCUGAGUAGAUUGGGUGACUCCGUGAGGAGGACUUUUCUUGAAUUCAGGAAUGCUGUUAGAAGGAAUGAGUCAACAACCCCAUUUUCCGGAGGUGGGGUCCAUCAUCUGACAAGGUACGUAAUGAAUUACGCAAAGGCCCUUACAGAUUAUGAUGAUACCCUGAAUUUUCUUCUUGAAGAAAAUGGUGAGGACCGUUCGUGGUGGUUAUCCAACAUGAAUGCGAUUAUUCAAGAAGAUGAUGAGUGGAGGUCUCCUAGCAAUUUUUCUCCGAUUGCACGAUGUCUUCAGUUGGUGAUGUCAAUCCUCGAAUCCAACCUUGAGCGAAAAUCCAUGCUGUAUAGAGAUGUUUCUCUGCAGCACUUCUUCCUGAUGAACAACAUCUGCUACAUGGUGCAGAAAGUUAAGGACUCUAACCUUGGAGCUUUUCUUGGAGACAACUGGAUACGAAAACACAAUGGGAAAUUUCAACAGCAUGCAAUGAAUUACGAAAGAGCUUCUUUGAGCUUGAUCCUCUCUUUCUUGAGAGAUGAGGGGAUUUGCAAUCCGAAGUCAGGUUCAGUCUCCAAGGCAGUCCUCAAGGAGAGGUUCCAGGGCUUUAAUCUGGCUCUCGAAGAGAUCUACAAGACCCAGACGGCAUGGUUGGUUCACAAUCUCCAGCUCCGUGAUGAUCUACGGAUUUCAAUCUCGUUGAAAGUCCUCCAAGCAUACCGGACGUUCAUGGGCCGGUAUUCCAAUCAUCUGAUUGAUGAGAAGCAUGGCGACCGGUACAUCAAAUACAGUGUAGAGGAUUUGCAGCAAUAUCUAUUGGAUCUCUUCGAGGGGUCACCAAGAUCAUUGCACAAAUCUAACAGGUGGUGAAACUCCAUCUCCCAUUGAUUUCCUUCUCUAUGAUUUUCAUGAGCUAUUUAUGCUCAAGAACCUGUACAUGAAAAGGUCAUUGAUGCUUCUGUUUUUUUUUUUUGAGCCAUGACAAGGUUAGCUAUUGUUGUUAGUGUGGCAUUUUCAAUCCUGUAAAUCUUGAAUAAUCAUAUCCAGUAUAGUUUAUGUAUAUUAAUAUGAAUUUUCA